GAAAAACUCUAUCCUUUUUUCAAUGAGAUUACAUUACCCACUCAACUCCGCCGCACGCCUAUAUAUCGAGCUGCUGCGUGCAGAUAGCAUAGAUAUAGCAUCAACACGCACAAGCAGGAACAGAGAGAGACAGAGAUGGAAUGGAGGAAAUGUUAUCUGGACGUGAUACUGGUGCCAUUGGGUGUGCUAAUAAACAUUGCCUACCAUGUUUGGCUAUGGCAUAAAGUCCGGACACAGCCGCUCACAACCAUCAUCGGAACAUAUUCAAAGGCUCAGCGCUCAUGGGUCCCGGAGAUCAUGAAGGACCUUGACAAGAGGGGCAUACUGGCGGUGCAAACUCUGAGGAACAUGAUAAUGGGAUCAACCCUGAUGGCCACCACGUCAAUCCUUCUUUGCGCCGGCCUUGCAGCAGUCAUAAGCAGCACAUACAGUGUUAAAAAGCCACUCAACGACACUGUUUAUGGGGGUCAAGGGGAAUUCAUGGUAGCCUUAAAAUAUGUGACGCUCCUAAUCACCUUCCUCUUCUCGUUUUUCAGCCACUCCAUGUCCAUUACGUUUCUAAACCAAGUGAGUAUCCUAGUCAGCACCCUCGGCGAACCCAAGUCGAUACUGACGCCGGAGUACGUGUCGGAUCUUUUUGAGAAGGGCUGCCUUUUGAACACGGUGGGCAACAGGAUUUUUUACGUUGGAUUUCCCCUUCUGCUUUGGAUAUUUGGGCCGGUGCUGGUUUUCUUGUGUUUUGUCGCAACGUUGCCCGUGCUUUACAACCAUGACUUUCUGUAUGAUCAGUGUGGGAAUCGGAAGGUGGAUUUGUGUGGAGAAAUGGAAUCCACAUAUGUAGAUAAAUUAGAAUCUUAGUUUGAAAUGG